AUGUCGGAUUCCACCGGUGCCGCGGAGUUCGAGCUCAACUACUUGUCGAUCGAUCAGUACCCAUGCGACCACGUUUUCCACUCCGACAUCUUCUCCGCCGGAGGGUACGAAUGGCGGAUAGCCUGCUACCCGAACGACGUCGGAAGCUUCGUGUCCGUGUUCCUCGAGCUCAUGGACGAAGCCAAGAACGUCACGGCCAUCUUCGACGCCGCCAUUACGGGCAACGACCAGCUGGCGGCGGGGGCGUCACGCUUCUUGUGGCACAGGCGGGCCGUGCAUGUCUUCGGCUUCAGUAACUCACCUGAGGACGACCACCGCGAUAAUGACUUCUGGGGGUUCGAUCAGUUCGUCCACCAGAGAGAUCUCCACAACUACGACGCGAGGAGCAAUGGGCGCGUCACGGUCAGGUGCUCGGUCUUGGUUGUCGACGACGGCAAGCGCCUCCCAAUGAAAAAGGGGAUAGCCGUGCCGCCGUCGGACAUAGGAGAUGAUCUCGGCGGCCUGCUGGACUCCGCCGCACUGACGGACGUGUCGUUCGUCGUGGGCGACGACCAGGCGGCGCCGCUGCGCGCCCACCGUUCUGUUCUCGCCGCCCGCUCGCGGGUCUUCAAGGCGAUGUUCAGCGGCCCGAUGCUGGAGGCCACCUCGCCGUCGUCGCCCGUCACGGUGCGCGACAUGGACCCCGAGACGUUCAUGGCGAUGCUCCGCUUCAUAUACACGGACGACCUUCCCGCCGGUCUUGGAGGCGACCCCGGCGAGGACGAGGCGCUCCGGUCCCUUCUUGCCGCGGCGGACCGGUACGCCCUGAACCGGCUGAAGCUUCUGUGCGCCCGGAGGCUGCUGGACAACGUGUCGGUGGACACGGUCGCCGCCGUGUUGGACUGUGCCGACACGUACAACUGCCCGGAGCUGAAGACAGAGUGCAUCAACUUCGUGGCGGCGGAUGGGAAUUUCAAGAAGGUCGCGCUCACGGAUGGUUUCUUGGAGUUGAUGACGAGAUCCCCCUCAAUACUUGCUGAAAUUAGAAACAGGCUUGGGAGGCCGUAA